AUUCACUGCAGCUGCAUCAGUGUGGGUUCUUCACCUGAGCCCUGCAGACACAUUCAGAAGGAGCCAGACAGAGCAGCCAUGACUUCCCUCGGCUUUGACCCGUACUACUCCUCCUCCUACCGUCGCUGGUACACGGAGGGAGCACCCCGAGGGGUGGUGACCAGGGGCAGGUCACGAUCCACCCAUGCCUCCCCCCUGUCUUCCAUAAGCUCCCGUCUGCAGUACUACUCUCCCGGCCGCGCUCUGCAUUCCUCCCAGACCUCCUCCACCGUGGAGCUGGAGCUGAGCCAGGCGGCCCAGGUGAGUUCGGAUUUCCGCACCGUGAGGACCCAGGAGAGGGUCCAGCUGCAGGACCUCAACGAUCGCUUCGCUGGCUUCAUCGAGAGGGUCCGGGAGCUGGAGCAGCAGAACCACGCCCUGGAGGCGGAGCUGAUGGUCCUGAGACAGAGGCACGGCGAGCCCUCCCGGCUGAGGUCCAUUUACGAGCAGGAGGUGCGGGCCCUCAGGGCCGCCGUAGAGGAGGCGCGUGGGGAGCAGCAGGCUGCCCUGAGCCAGAGGGAGCACCUGGAGCAGGCCCUGAGCGCCGUGCAGGGCCGCUACGAGGAGGAGGUGGUGGCCCGUGAGGAUGCGGAGGGCAGGCUGCUGGAUGCUCGGCGCGGGGCCGACCAGGCUGCCCUGGCCAGGGCCGAGCUGGAGAAGAGGGUGGAGACCCUGCUGGACGAGCUGGCCUUCCUCAAGAGGCUCCACGAGGGGGAGGUGGUGGAGCUCCAGGCCCAGGCACAGCUAGGGGCACAGGUGGCUGUCGAGAUGGAGGCCGCCACGCCCGACCUGUCUGGGGCUCUGAGGGACAUCCGGGCCCAGUACGAGAAAUUGGCAGCCAAGAACAUGCAGUCUGCUGAAGAAUGGUUCCGCGGGAAGGUUGGCUCCCUGACAGUUAGCGUGGCCCAGCACAGCGACGCAGUGAGGAACUCCAGGGACGAGGCCGGGGAGUAUCGUAGACAGCUCCAGGCACGGCUGCUGGAGAUUGAUGCCUGCAGAGGCCUCAACGAUUCUCUGGAGAAACAACUGCAUGACAUUGAGGAAAAGCAGAGCGCUGAAAUCAACAGCAUGCAGGGCACUAUCAGCCAGCUGGAGAAUGAGCUGAGGGCCACUAAGCAGGAGAUGGCUCGCUACAUGAAGGAUUACCAAGACCUGCUCAAUGUGAAAAUGGCCCUGGACAUUGAGAUCGCUGCCUACAGGAAGCUGCUGGAGGGGGAAGAGUCUCGUUUCAACGUGGGCAUGUCUGGGGUUAUGUCCAGUGCCUAUGGCCACACUUUGUCAGCCACUCCCUCCUUCGGCCGCUCCAUGUUCUCCAUGCAGUCCAGCAUGACCUCUAGUGCCCCCUACCUAAUGACCUCACGCUUCCUCAGCUCUUCGUUUGCCUCUGGAGAUGACAUUAUCUCUGCCAGCCGAACACAACAGGAGUCUGCCAGCCCACCCCAGGAGAAGGAAGAACAGCAGGAGGAAGAGAAGGAGGAAGAGAAGGAAGAAGAGAAGGAGGAAGAGAAGGAGGAGGAGGAGGAGGAGGAGAAGGAGGAAGAACAGGAAGAAAAGCAAGAAGAGGAGGAUGGUGAAGAGGAAGGCGAGAAGGAUGAGACUAAGGAUGAAGAAGGUGAUGAAGAGGAAGAAAAGGAAGAAGCUGCAAAGGAGGAUGGAGAGCAAGAGGAAGAGAAGGAUGAGGGUGGGGACAAGGAUGGAGUGGAAGGCACAGAAGGACAGGGCACAGAGAAAGAGGAUAAAGAAGGGGGUGAUGAAGAAGACAAAGACGAAGAUGAUAAAGAUGAAGGUAAAAGUGAGGAGAAGAAAGAUGACAAAGCAGAUACCAAAAAAGAGAAUGGUGAUACCGAGACUCCCAAGACAGAGCCAAAGAGUGAAAAAGCUGCUGAAGAGAAGAAAGAAAAACCUGAAAAACCAAAAGCUUGAAAGGGCAAGACCCAACAAGCCAAACAACCGUCUAACAAAACCUCAACUCAACAAACUGCAACACAAGCCCAACAUGAACGAAUCCAGUGAGCUUGUAAACAAGGUGCUUAAUACAAUAUAUCUUUCAGGGCACUACUUCAUCACCAUCAAGAUUAAAUGCUUACAAAAUGUGGUCAUAUCAUCCCUACAGUGUGUAUUUUCUGCCUGUCUGUGAGAGUGGGGUUUUGGAUGGUGGAAUGCAAUUGACAGCAAUGCAAUGUGUAAUGUAUUGUUGGAGGCUGUCCCAGACUCUCCUUACUGCUAAAUAAUAAAUAAACUGUAUUUACGGUC